AUGGAGUCACAUUUUGAAAUAUUGCAUAAAGAGGAAAUUACUGGUCUCGACUUUCUUGAGACAACAAAAGAGAAGUUUCAAAGUUAUGGUUUGAAAAGAGGAUCAGCAACAAGACUUGCAAAAUUCAUCGCGGAUCUAAAAAAAUCAAACACUCCAAAAUCAAACACUGGAACUGUAUAUGUUUUUGUGGACAAUUCCAACUUGUUUAUCGAAGGAAAAUAUACU